CGCGUUGCUUUGGUUUCGGUUCCGUUCGCCUCGUUAAUAUUUUUAGGAACAUAAGAAGAAUGCUUGGAUAACGCCAUAAUCGAGUCAAAAUCAAACGCAAUAGCGUAACGAAUAGAGUGAUCAAUCCGUUAAGCAACUAAGUUAUUCGGUCGUCAAUGAAAUCCGUACGUGCAGAGUGCGCUGAAGUGGAGCCUUGAGGAAAUGCCACCAGCUCGCAGCUGAGCUGCAUUCGCUGUUUGUCGUUGUGGUCGUGUCCUCUCGCGAGUCUGUGUGUGUGUGUGUGGGUUGCACUGUGUUAUUUGGGUCAAAAGCUGCAGCAGCACAAAGUUCCCACUCCCAUUCCCGUUUCCGUGCCCGUUCCCAGGGGGUGUCCACCUGUUAUGCAGCUGGCCUAGUCGCUCAAUUCGGCUCGGAUCUGAUCUGAUCUAGCAUCCCACAAGCCCACAUGGAGGCGAAGGUGCACCGCCAGCAUCAGCGGCAUCGCCGCACAGAGGCCCGACAGCGGCGCCUGGAACGGGAGGCGGUGGCUACGGGAGCGGCAGUUCCACCGCCCACCACGCCCGAGCGGGCAGAGGCCUUGGACUGUGCCACAGCCCUAAACGAGGGCGUGGCAUCGGCGGACCCGGGCGGCAGCGGCGGUACACCAAGCAGUGCGGGUCGCAUCAGUGCCCAGAGCUCGGCGGACAGCAUUGAGCUGGUGGGUUCGCCCAGCCAGACAUCGCAGCAAACGGUGGUGCUGGUCAAUGGACACGCCCCGCCGGGCCAGGAGGAGGGGGAGGAGGAGUCGCCACUGGGCGCUGGCUUCACUCGGGAUUCUCCGCCGCCGCCCAAGCAGAGCGAUGGGAGUCGCAACUCUUCCGGCGACGCGAUGAGUCUGCGGGAGACCCUGCAGCAACUACCGGCCACCCAUCACCAUCGGUCCAGGCGUACUCACUCCCCUGCUGAUCCGGAUGCGUCCUUUCAUCGAGGCAUUCUUGGAUACAUGGACCGGGAGCUCAAGCAGAGCUCUCCCACGCCCUCCGCCCCCGCCGGAAGCGGAAACGGAACUAGCACGGGCGCAUCGCGGAAGCAGCAGUCGCUGUCCGACCCACAGGCCAGUCCCGCCCAGCGAUCCCUGCGCUCGAGGAGCAGCUUCGACAAGAGCCCGCGGCGCAAGAGGAGCAAGUCGGAGUCCCGGCGGAGACGCGAACGGAAGCUAAUAGCCGCCGGGGAAAUGGAGGUCCGGCAGGCGAACGAAACCCUGAUGCGGUACCUCAAACAGUGCUCUGACAUGCACGACGCCUCGCUCUCCGGCGAACUCGAGAUCGACCAGAGCCUCGAGGAGAGACGCGUCCACCGGAAGACCAAGUCGCAAAGGGACAAGCGCGGUCAGCUUAUCUCCAAAUUGUACUCGGCAGGCGGGAUAUCCUCGAUUCUAAAGGAGUUGGCCGACGACAUAGCUCCUCCCGAGGGCGAGGAGAUCUACAACCCAUUCACGCCGGUCGUCUCGCCUACGGACGAUGCGCCCGCGCACAUCGACAAGAUGUUCCUGCAGACGUCAUCCGGAUAUCGACCGGUGGAGCACAGCUACUACAAGCGCUCCUUCCUGGGCGCAGCUGUUCGCGGAUCCGCCGGAAUUUCGGCAUCCGGCGGCGGAGGAGGAUGUGGUGGUGGGGUAGGAGGAGGAGGAGGUCGCCUCGAUGGCAUCUCGGCUGCGGAGCUUGGAGGCGCCGGUCGCCUCUUCCGCUCUAGCGGCAGCCACGCCCACGGCGGCGCCGGAAUGGGCAGGAAUGGCGGAAGCUUAGGAAGUGGGCGUGGCAGCUACGGUGAUACCCGCUGUCUGCUGGAUUCCGACUUUAAUAGCAAUGGGAUCACCAGCAACAUACAACUAGCCUGUGUAGUUCAACGAAUCUGGCUGCUCAUCUCGAAUAUAUGCCACGGCUUGCUAGCCGGUCUAGCUCUGGCCCACCUACUCUUCGUGCUGAGCAGCCACCCCAUGGACUGGGCCAAGGUCAUCAAUGGCAUGAGUCUUGCGGGCGAGACGGUGUCAUCAACGGCCCAACCCCCAGCCGCAUCGACGCCAUUGGGAAUAGACCUCGAUUCUGGCGAUCGAGGAACGCCGUCGGGUGAAUCCUCAUCCUCAUCCGCAGCAGCAUCCGGACUAGCCCUGAUAAGUGAUUACGCCGGAUUUGCGGAGAUCUACUUGAAUACCUUCUACUGCUUGGCCAUAAUCUGUCUGGUUUCCGUUUUCGAUCGGAUGGACAUCUGUCGCUGGAGCUUCUCGAAUGCCAGCGAACUGAUCUCGUUUCGGUGGCUUAUCAUCACCAUGAUCUAUGUGGCGACAAUAAUCCUAACUAUUUGCUCCGAUUCCAUCGACGAGAAGCUGUACCUGUUCAACAACAAUGCCAACAUUACGCUGACGCAACAGGAGAUGCUGAGCAACAGUGUGCAGAGCGUGUGGAGCAGUCUGUCGGUGACGAGGAGCAUUGCCGCCAUAUCUGGGUGGAUUAUGAUCGGACUGACGCCGCAGGAGGAUAUGCUGUAUGAGCACCUGGUGGACCUCACCAAAUAUCAGUUGACAAAUAAUUGAAUUUAAGGCGACAAGUUGUAAAUAUUUAACUCUUAGCAGCUGUUGUUCAGUUACCGGCUUUUUAUAUGUACGGCUUAAUCGAAACGCAAUAGGACUCUUAUGUAUACCCAAAUCUUAAGCUUUAAAGUCGUCUCUUAAGGAUUCACAUUGAUGCCCUUCGCAGGCCGCUAGAACAAACCCCAAAGGGAAAACCGAUAAUAUGACAACCAGAGAACCUAAUGGUUAACCUUCGAGCUAGUUGACUAAGCAAAUAUAGUGAGCGCAGGAUAUGAAUACCGUUCAAAAAGGAAAAAUAUGAAAUACCUAUAUUUACCAGAUAGAUGUAUUCAUGUACUUACGCAUAUAUACAAUACGUUACCUACAUAGAUAUACACAAAGCUAUACGCGAACAUGCUGAUAUACAUUACAAACGCGAGUAUAGAAACAUUUACAAUUCUUGAAGUCAUUUUACUUACACAUAUCGUCUAAAGAUACAGAAUCCUUUGUUUUCUGGUCGUUGCGGCAUUUUUCUGACAAAGGCUUCCCAAAUUUGAUCCUCAGUCUAUUAAGACCGCCUUCAUCAAGUAUAAUUCCAACAAACGUAGGUGUGUACAUAGAAGUGUAUUUGAAUUAUUUACGUUGCUUAAUUUAUGUAUGUUGGUUACAUUCCUGAUUUCGCAAUUAGUAAAACAUUUGUUACGCCUUCUUUCCCUUAGAGACAUGUAAACGACAGUUUAAGCUACUACCUGAGCUGUAUAUAAACCGAGUGCAAUAAAAUAACGAAUAUUAAAGUUAAAUUAUACACUAACCAUUAUACAGAGACAAAUGUAAUAAAAACAUAUAGAAAAAUGAGCUAACGAAUCGAUCAAAGCGGAUGACAAGAAAAUCUCAUUGUAAACUUGUAUAUAAAAAAUUUAAACGCAAAUAAACAAAAAUAAUGUAU